UCUCUUGUUCCGGCGCCGCGUGGUCAGCGCGGCCGCCGCAGCGGGAGCAGGCCCCGGCGGCGGCGGGGCCCGGCCCGGCCCGGCCCCUCCCGGCCCCGCCAUGUGGUUCAUCUACGCCUUGAGCUGGCUCUCCCUGCUCAUCCAGGUGGCCUUCGUCACCCUGGCGAUCGCCGCCGGGCUGUACUACCUGGCGGAGCUGAUCGAGGAGUACACGGUUGUCACGCGGAGGAUCAUCAAAUACAUGAUCUGGUUCUCCUCGGCCGUGCUGGUCGGCCUCUACCUCUUUGAACACUUUCCCGGUUUCAUGGUGGGCGUGGGGCUCUUCACCAACCUGGUUUACUUCGGGUUGCUGCAGACCUUCCCCUUCAUCGUCCUGACGUCCUCCAAUUUCAUCCUGUCCUGCGUGCUGGUUAUAUUCAAUCACUACUUAGCGUUCCAGUACUUCGCUGAGGAGUAUUACCUGUUCUCUGAGGUUCUCGCCUACUUCACCUUUUGCCUGUGGUUAAUCCCUUUUGCAUUUUUCGUCUCCCUGUCGGCUGGAGAAAACGUCCUGCCUUCCACGGUGCAGCCUGGAGACGACGUGGUCUCCAACUACUUCACCAAAGGGAAGAGGGGCAAGCGCUCCGGUAUCCUCCUCAUCUUCUCUUUCAUCAAGGAGGCCAUCCUGCCCAGCCGACAGAAGAUUUACUGAGCCCCGGCUGCGGUGAGGGAGCAGGGCAGACCCAGACUGUGCCGCGGGCUGCGAGGCAGCGCCGCCCCCCAGGCCUCGCUCCAGCCCUCCCCCGUUGUCUCUCGACGGGAUUUUUCUGGGAUGGGAUAAACUGGGCGAUGGCCGGAGGUGCCAGCAGCGCUGGACAGGGGGCUCGCGCCUUUUUAUUCCAGCUCCGAUGAUCCCCCGCCCCGGGGGCUGUGUGCAGGAAGGAUGUUUGGCUCCAGGUGAGGGACCUGGGAGCUGCUGUCACCUGCUGGGGUUUAAAAGCCGGGAGUUUUGCACGUGGUGUAGUUUGGCCGUGGGGGAAACGGUUCCCUUGGCGCGGCAGCGGAACGUGCUCGACGUUUAACUGAGGUUUACACAGAGCCAUUAAUUAAAAAAACAAAAAAAAAAAACCCAAACCAAGUCACCAAACUGUUGAACUCCUGCAUAUUCCCGCUGGGAGCCUGCCAGCGCUGGAGGAUGCUGGCGUCCCCCCGAGUCUGGAAGGACUCAGCGUAGCUUUUUGUUUGAUUUUAAUGUUGGGAAUACCCAUUUUCCUCUGGUUUUGCCCGGUGCGGCCCCGCGAAGCCGUUUCACGGAGGGCGAUUCUCGGCUUCCCGUGGGUGUCGUCUGCUCGCCCUCCCCAGCGCUGCUGAACUCGCCGGGCCUCCCUCCUUUCCUAGAGGGGGAUAAAAAAAAAAAAAAAUUAUCACACUGAGGAGGAGAACCCUUUGUUCUUGGUUCUUGUAAUCGUAAAAAACCCACCUUUUUCUCCUCUUUCCUGCUUCGUUCAGCCUGUGCCAGAACUAGAUCUCCCCGUGCCCGCCCGGAGCCGGGGCCGCGCGCGGCUGUAGCGCAGGAUUGCCCCGGCAGCGUGGUUUCACGAUUCAGGAAGGCUUUUUGAGGCGUUUCUGAGGAAAGUGGCACAUUUUUUUUUUCCCCUCCCAGCCAGUUCUGGCUGAAGGCGAAGGUGAGGCCCGCGGUCCCACCACGCCCCUCCCUGCCCCCCGGGUUUGUUCAGGGCCCCCCCCUCCCCGCUAACGCUGGCGUGUGUUGAUGCUGAUUUAACAGAAGUGUGGUUUCUGCUGGAGAGCUGCUCCUCUAAUAAAGGCUGUAGAUGAA